AUGGCGUUUCGUCUGCGUCAACUGCAGGUGAUCCAUCGCCACGGCGACCGCACCCCGUUGGUCAACAUCUUGCGAGGCAGCAGCGACAUUCGCAUGGAGAAAGAGGAAGCACAGCUAUGGGAUCGUCACCUGCCUGGACCGAAGCAACGCGCGCAACUUGGCUCCAGGUUUAGCGUCCAGUCGAGCACCGACGCUUCGAGCUCGUUCCAGCAGCGGCCUUUUGGGUACUUAACGACUCGAGGUAUUGAGCAAAUGAGGAUGCGGGGCCAGUGGCUGAGACAACUCUGCGAGGACGAGGAGCUACGACUCGAUGCAGUGACAACCGAGCAGCUGCAGGUGUACAGUAGCGCUUACACACGGACUCAGCUCAGUGUGCAGUCACUGCUAGAUGGCAUGCUGAGUGACCGCUGUCAAUCGGUUCCUUGUGUCCGAGUUCUCCCACCGGAGGAAGACAUCAUCAACACGUAUGCUAUCUUUCCGGAGAUCAAGAGGGUGAAGGCGAAUAUGGAACGGGAUAAUGCUGAAUUUGCAGCACGUGAGCACGAGAUGACACCGAUCAAGCACGAGUUAAUGCGGCUUUUUCCAGCUGUACACUCGGGUCAAGUCCCAUUCACGUGGCUCACGGCUGCAGACUAUUUCGUCUGUCGGCGUGCUCAUCAGGCCCCCUGUAUCCCAGGCACCGAAACGUAUGCCGAUGUGACCGAAAGACACCUUGGGUUUCGUUUCCACCAGUUUUACUCCCAUCGCACGAUCUUAAAGCUCGUGGCUGGGCGCUUGAUGCACAACGUGCUAUUGGAGAUGCAAAAGGCUAUGUGGGACCAUCGCGAAAGCAAAAAAGUUGUAGUUUAUAGUGGACACGACGUGUCGCUGCUAUCGGUCCUCCGCACGUUGGAUGCCGACGUAGCGAACGACAUCGGGUAUUGGCCCGACUAUUCCUCGACUCUUGCACUCGAGCUAGUGGAAAACGAUAGCGGGAAGUUCUUUACUCGUGUUCGACUUAAUGGCGACAUCCUAGCAAUGCGCGAAGCUCCGGACGGCCACUGUCCCUCCGAUCGCUUUCGUGACGUGGUCUUGGGUCACGUAGGCUAG